AUGGCCUCGACCACAUUGAAACCCUUCAACGACAAGGUGAUUGCCAUCACCGGGGCUGCUAGCGGCAUCGGACGCGCAGUCGCGACUUACCUCGCCACCCGUGGAGCAUCUCUUGCAAUCUCAGACGUCCAGAAAGAUGCUUUGUUAAGUCUGGCCACAGAGCUGUCGGCCAUUGGAGUACGUAUUGAGGCCACCGUUGUCGACGUCAGCGAUUCCGAGCAAGUCAAAAGCUGGAUCGAAGAGACAGUCAAAAUCUUUGGAAGACUUGAUGGCGCGGCCAAUAUUGCCGGGACAGGCGGCUCGACCGUGGAUCGCCUCGAAGCGCAGACCGACAAGGACUGGAAUCUAGUCCUCAGCAUCAACCUAUCUGGGACGAUGUACUCCAUGCGCGAAGAGCUGAAGCAUCUCACGGACGGGGGUUCAAUUGUCAAUGCCUCGAGUGUCCUUGGGCUGAGAAGCGCGCCUGAUUCCGGUGGCUCAGCCUAUGUCGCCAGCAAGCAUGCGGUGUUGGGGAUGACCAGGCAAGCAGCGAGGGAAUACGGUCAUCGCAAAAUACGUGUCAACUGCGUCAAUCCGUCAGUGAAUGCCUUCUAG